UCUUUUACCCAAAAAAAGCAAGAGCAUGAGCUACUCUGUCUCUGUAGUCUGUAAAUUUGGUAUCACUGUUGAUACCAAAAUUAUCGGCCGUCCGUCGUGGUGGGGUUUGCUAUGGUUUCUUCGUGUCCGACGUAAACAAUGACAAGAAGGGAAAGCAUCAUACUACAUAUUUGCUCCGGUGAGUCCAGUAUUAACGGUUUUCUUCUUCCAGUUCGAAUUCUUUCUACUGUUACUAGUAGCUAUCUUUAUCUACAAUCUUUUUCUAUCAGCAAUAUUUCUAGUAGCUUAGCUCCUGAUAUAUCGAGUCAUACUCAGUUCGAGAAUCUAGUGAAAAUUAAGUGUAAAUCAGGAUCCAUUAGCCUUGAUGAUGCAAUGGGUUUCUUCAAUCGCAUGAUUCAAAUGCGACCCACGCCUUCGGUUUUUGCUUUUAAUCAUAUAUUAGCGGCCAUCGCCAAGAUGAAACAGUACCCCUCUGUGCUCUCUCUGUAUAAGAAGAUGGGCUACUGUCAAAUCCAACCUGAUGCAUGUACGCUCAAUAUCUUAGUUAAUUGUUUCUGUCACUUGAAUCGGGUGGACUUCGGCUUCUCCGUCUUCGGGAACAUCUUGAAACGUGGGUAUGGGCCAGGUUUUGUAAUAAUAAAUACUCUGAUCAAGGGGCUAGUGAUGGAGGAUAAAGUAGUGGAGGCCAUGGAGAUGAUAAAGAAAAUAGAGGACAAUGGAUACGCAUGUGAUGAAGUUACCUAUGGGAUAAUAGUUAAUGGACUCUGCAAAACAGGACGAACUAGCGUGGCUCUUAAGUUGCUUAGGAAGAUGGAAGGAAAGGAGAAUUUCAAGGUUGAUGCUAUAACAUAUAACACGAUCAUUGAUGGUCUCUGCAAGGACAGACUAGCGGAUGAAGGUCUUCAGCUUUUCUCAGAAAUGAUUGCUAAAGGAAUUCUGCCAAAUGUCAUAACUUACAACUGUCUAAUUCAUGGCCUGUGCAAUUUAGACCUGUGGGAAGAAGCUGGGAAAAUUUUCAAAGACAUGAUGGAUCGUGGGAUCUCACCAAAUACAAGAACCUUUAACAUCUUAAUAAAGGCUCAUUGCAAGAAAGGGGAUAUCAAAGAAGCAGGAGCACUAAUGAAGGUCAUGAUUCAAAGAGGUCAGAAACCUAAUGUCAUCACUUACACUUGUUUAGUUCAUGGCUUGUGCAAUUCUGACCAGUUGGAAGAAGCUACAAUGUUGUUUAGUGAAAUGGUUGAGCAGGGAAUCUCGCCAGAUGUUAUUAUAUUUACCACGAUGGUGGAUGCUCUGUGCAAAGAGGGGAUGAUUAACAAAGCAUAUCAACUGUUAGACGUUAUGAUUCAAAGAGGUAUUAGACCUGAUAAUGUUACUUAUAAUUCUUUGAUUCAUGGAUUGUGCAGUGCAGGUCAAUGGAAAGAAGCUACAAGAAUAUUAAAUGAAAUGGUCGGGCAGGGAGUCUCGCCUAAUGUUGUUACCUUUAACGUGCUGAUAGAUGGUCUUUGCAAAGAAGGGAUGACUAGAAAAGCAUGUCAACGGAAAGAAGCUGUGAGGUUACUAAAUGAAAUGGUUCUACAAGGAACCUUGCCAGAUGUAGUUACUUUUAACACACUAGUUGAUGAUCUUUCCAAGGAAGGGAUGGCUAGAGAAGCAUAUGAGCUAUUAGAACUAAUGAUUCAAAGAGGUGAAAAACCCAAUACAACCACAUACAAUGCAUUGAUGGAUGGAUACUGCUUGCAAGGACAAAUGGAGGAGGCAAGGGAAGUCUUUGUUUCAAUGUGUAAUAGGGGUUGCCAGCCUGAUGUAGUUACGUACAAUAUUUUAAUCAAUGGGCAUUGCAAGAAUCGAAAGAUAGAUGAAGGCAUGAAGAUUUUCAGAGAAAUGACCCUCAGGGGAGUGAUGCCAAACACUACUACUUAUAACUCUCUUAUAGCUGGGUUAUGCCAUGCAGGAAGAAUUGUGUCUGCACAAGAACUCUUCAGUGAGAUGCAGGUUUGUGGGCAGAACCCGUGUUUAUAUACAUAUUCAAUAUUAAUGGAUGGAUUGUGCAAUAACAACUGUCUUGUUGAAGCAAUAAAGUUAUUUCAUGAGAUGGAAACUAAGGGGUUGAUUCCUGACAUUGUUAUUUACACCAUUCUUAUUAAUGGAUUAUGCAAAGCUGGUAAGCUUGAAGAUGCAAGAGAACUUUUUGGUACUAUCACUUCCAAAGGGUUAGAACCUAAUGUUAAGACGUAUAAUACAAUGAUUAAUGGCUUUUGUAGAGAAGGUCUUUUCAAGGAAGCGGAGGAUUUAUUAUUGAAAAUGGAAAGAAGUGGUUAUGCACCAGAUGAUGUCACUUUGAACACUAUGGUUCGAGGCUUUAUCCGAGUGAAUGAAACGAGUAAGACAUUAUAGCUUCUUGAUUACAUGGUUGAGAGAAGUUAAAAACCCAAUGUACAUAGCACAACUAUGACAGUUGAUUGCAAGGUAACAACUGGCUGGUGCUGGUUGUAGUGGAGACUUGGGAUUGAAUCCCUCCUCCACCAGGGUUGGGGAAUGGGCUACCCCUCCCCCGACAAUGUAUAAUUUGAGAUAUUCUGUAAAUAUUUUCCUAAUGACAAAACCAUGGGAUGUGUCCGAGCUAUGUUGGUAAGCACCAAUUCUGAUCCGUUAUUUUUAA